UAAAGAAUUACCAUUUAUUAUCUCUAGGGCAGGGGAAGAAGGUGCCCUUCAAAUCUCUCCUAUCUUCUUCUCGGACAAGGGGCCGGCUUCCAUCCGUCUUCCCUUCCCCACCAAUUCUGACCGGCGACGUUGACUUGUUAAAAGAAAUCGAAUUCCUCCAAAUCUCCUUCCCAUCGUCCUCCUCCAACUCGCUAUUUAUUUCCGCUCUCCCCCAAGACUUAAGAGUCAUCUCGCCUUCCCCAAUCCCGUCGCGUCGCUCUCUCAUUCGCUGGGCUCCGGAUCGAAUCGGAGAAGGAAGGAAGGGAAGGAUGAAUUGGAUCAGCCGCAAGAUCCAUCUCUACAACGUGACGAUGGGCCUCUACAUGCUUGAUUGGUGGGAGCGCUACCUCUUCAACAUAUUAAUUCUUAUUUUGCUCUGGUUCAUCUGCUACAAUGGAUCUCGUUUCGCAACUGAGUUCUAUGAGAGCUAUCUGAAGUCCGGACUCUUGGCUGGUGGCAACUCUGCAAUGGAAGGAGUGUACCAUCCUAAUUGAUGGUCAGAAUAUAGAGAGCAAUAAUAAAGUGUGCGAUGAAGUUUAUGCUGAUCUUAUUUAGUGGUUUGCAAACUUUUUUUUUUUCAUUAAUUACCUGUGCAACAUCUAAGCCCUGAGCUUAUCUGUACAGUAGAUCACCAUUGGGUGCUUCUUGAAAUAUUGUUCUUUGGAGAACCUGUCUCUUGCAAUGUUAUUUGUAACUACAUUAAGUGUAACUUUUCUCUUUAUGAAAUAGCUGGAGCUUGACUCCUCUCUUUUUCUUCAAAAAAAAAAAAAGGAUACCUUUUUCCGU